AAAUUUUAUAUUUAAUUUAUUUAUUAAUCUAAAAAAAAGAAUGGCUCAGCAAAAAAAAAAUCAUACAAAAAAUAUCAAAAAUAAUGAAAUUACUUCGCCAUUUAAAAAAUCUCAAGCAUACUGUUUUUAUAGAGCUCCCGGUCCGAUUUAUCAAUUGCCACCUGUAGUAGGUUAUAAAAAUCAUUGUCAAACUAAGUUACGAAAUCCAGCUCAUACUAUUAUUGGAAAACGUCCUGAAAUGUAUGACAUUCGCUAUGGGCCAGGGCCUAUUUAUUAUCCUAAAACUCCUACACGUAGCGGGUUCACAUUUGGAAUACCAUGGAAACCCUUCAAAUCAGCAGACAGUACGCCAGGACCUUACUCUUUACCUCCAUACAAACCAACUCCGGCAUUCUCACUCAAAUCAAGAAUGAAAGAACCACCGCCUGCAUCAAUCGGAGCAGGACCUUAUAAUCUUUCACGGGAUUUAAAUGGGCCAGCUUUUACAAUAGGUAUACCUUUUCAUAAAGUGAAGAAAAUAGAUCAUGGACCUCCUCCGAGAGUAAUUAAUUUUAAAUGGGUCACCCCACGAGCACCAGCUUUUACUUUUCGAUUUAAACCACCUUACCAAGGUCUAUCAAGUACUCCUGGACCGUAUAACCCUGUUGAUCUUGAAAAAGGACCUUCCUUUUCUAUGGGUGUUAAAUAUAAUCCUUGUGUGUUUCCUUAUAUCACUUCAUGUGAUAAAUUAUGCUAAAUUCUGAUGUAAACUAAUAAUA